AGAAAAAAAAAAAGAAACGGCAAAGAUUUUUCUCUUCUUCUCUUCAUUCUCAGUUUCUCUUCAUUCUUAGAUCUCACAUCGUUUACACUCACCGGCGACUUCACAUCGCGCCGCCGCAUACGGAAGCUCCGGCCACCGUCUCAAUUGUUCAUCAUUCACAGAAACAUGCCUGCUCAGAAGGUUGAAACGGGUCACCAAGAUACUGUCCAUGAUGUUGCAAUGGAUUACUAUGGUAAGAGGCUAGCUACGGCUUCUUCGGACCACACAAUUAAGAUAAUUGGGGUGAGCAACACAGCUUCUCAGCAUCUAGCAACUCUGGCCGGUCACCAAGGACCUGUUUGGCAGGUCGCGUGGGCUCACCCUAAGUUUGGUUCUAUGAUUGCUUCUUGUUCCUAUGAUGGCCGCGUCAUUAUUUGGAAGGAGGGUAAUCAGAACGAGUGGAUCCAAGCUCAUGUGUUUGAUGACCACAAAUCAUCUGUGAAUUCAGUUGUUUGGGCACCUCACGAGUUGGGUCUCUGCCUGGCUUGUGGUUCAUCUGAUGGGAAUAUAUCUGUGUUCACAGCAAGAGCAGAUGGUGGCUGGGACACCUCAAGGAUUGAUCAAGCCCACCCAGUUGGUGUUACUUCUGUGUCUUGGGCUCCCUCGAUGGCACCUGGUGCUCUUGUUGGUGCAGGGUUGCUUGAUCCUGUUCAGAAGCUGUGCUCUGGUGGUUGUGAUAACACUGUGAAGGUGUGGAAGCUCACCAAUGGAAACUGGAAGAUGGACUGCUUCCCUGCUCUUCAUAUGCAUACAGAUUGGGUUCGAGAUGUUGCUUGGGCACCCAACUUGGGACUUCCUAAAUCCACUAUUGCUAGCGCAUCACAGGAUGGUAAAGUCAUCAUAUGGACUGUGGGCAAAGAGGGAGAUCAGUGGGAAGGCAAGAUUUUGAAUGAUUUCAAGACCCCUGUUUGGAGGGUCUCAUGGUCAUUGACUGGAAACAUACUGGCUGUGGCUGAUGGGAACAACAAUGUGACAUUAUGGAAGGAAGCAGUAGAUGGGGAAUGGCAACAGGUGACAACAGUGGAUCCGUAGAAUAUGAUUGAUUUUUCAGGUCUCACUUAUUAAUUUGAGAUUAUGGUUAGAAUUUUCAUUUUGAAAUAUAAAUGACAUCUUGUUUCUUUGCAUAUUAUAUAGUUGAUUACCUGUGCUUCACAAUGCAUUAGUUCCUUGAAGUUUGUGAUCCCUUGAACAUUCUCUACUUGCAAGAAUGAUGUUGAAUAGUUUGAUUUGUUUUUCUUUUAUAGAAGGAUUUUUCCAAGUAUAUAAUGUGACAUUUCAUUGGAA